AUGCGGAUGGCCGUUCAGUUCCCUGCUCUCGGUGUGAGAGAUUGUCCCAGGAGUGCCAAGUGGACGUCAAGUUCAAGAGGCAUGCAAAGAGAGCAUUCUAGUCGAUAUGAUGACCUCCUGCAGCAAGUGCAGCGACUGCAGUCGGCGAUUCUGGAAUCCAACCGGAGCCCUCCUAUCUCGUCCAAUGCUGCCGAGGGUGAAGUGGGAGUUGCUGGGUUGAACUGGCUCAGCUCGAAUGGUUUGGACAACGAAGCCCUGCAGAUACAACAAACGGUCCGAUCGCCGUCGACAGGCCAGUUCCUCAAAAGUGCCGACCGUGUCCCCUUCAUAGAGACUACGGAUACGCUCGGCAUCCAGGAUCCAACCAUGCCGAGCAGUUUUCUUUCAGAGAACUAUUCUCUUUCGAAGCUGCCGUCGUGUGAACCACCCUCCGCGGAGAUACGCAGCGAUACCUUGACUCGUACAAUUGACACCGUUAUGCUCACAGCAGAGUCGAUUGACGAGCUGUUCCAAAUAUUUUUCUCAGAUUACCAUCCAUUAAUGCCUUUCCUGGAUCCAAGUGCAACACCCAAUCAUUACUACUCUCGUUCACGCUUUCUCUUUUGGGCCAUCAUCAUUGUUGCCAGCCGUCGAUAUGACAAAGAACCUUCACUUCUCGGGAGCCUUUCUCGGCCGGUGCUGGCUCUGGCGUGGAGAUCGAUCGAGGCGCUACCUCACACACCUUUCGUGGUUCAAGCGAUUAUUCUAGUCUGUACAUGGCCAUUCCCCACGACAUCUAUGUGGACCGAUGCAUCUUUCAUGCUCAUUACGGCGGCCAAAAGUGCCGCGAUGCAGAUGGGAAUUCACCGGCCGGAGUGUAUUCAGGAUUUCUCACGGGAUGAAAGAUCACUGAGUCCUGAAGGCAUCCAGGACUCGGUCAAGCUAUGGGCGAGUUGUUACAUUGCAAGCCAACGCAUCACAUCCGCUUUUGGCCAGGAAUCAAUCUUCAAGCCAGAUCGAGUCAUCAAUCGCGCCAGCCAGGUGGAUAACAUCUAUGCGCUGCCUCCAGUCCUUCACGACACCCUGAGAAUGGCGCAUUUCUCGGUGCGGAUCAGCGCUCUCAUGUCAGAGAACACCAACACUCCGUUUGGGUGUCCUGCCGAGAAUGAUUAUGACCGAGUCAUACAACAGCUUGAAUCGGGAUUAGAUGAUCUCGAUCGUCAACUACCGCCCAACGCUACAGAUUAUAACCGUGUGCAGCGGCUCUCUACUCGGCUCCAGCUCCGUGUCUUCCACUUCUUCGAAAUGGGGGACGAAGAUCGCCGCAAGACUGGUUUGUUAAAGGCCUUCCAGUCGGCGUUGAGACUGGUCGAAUGCGUUGUCUCGGCCGAUUCCAAGUCGAAUUAUCCAAUUUGUGCUCCGACCCAUUUGUAUCGGUGGUUGAUUGUCGCGGGAAUUACGAUUCUGAAAAUUCUAAACUCCAGCUACUCCAGCCUGGUGGACUAUGAUGCUGGCAAGCGAAACUUCAAUGCUAUCAUCAAGCUCUUGCGCCGCUGCUCCUUGCAAGACAACGACAAUUUUGGAUUGCACACCCGGAUUUUGAGUCAGCUGUGGCACUUUCACCAAUCUUCGCCCGAAAUCAAGGCCGCUCCACCAACGCUUCGUAUCAAGACAAGGCUCGGUGCGAGUGUCCUGCAUGAUGCUCUGUGGAUCUGGAGGAAACAGUACAAAAUGGAUGGAAGUUCUCCCAAUCCAGACCUUGCCAACAGUUCAGGGGAGGGGUCCGCUUGA